CACACACCCAUACAAGACAGUGUCAGUCUCAAAGGGAAAUUUCUUCCCACCUGAAGGAACCUCCUGAAAAAGAAAGAGGUGACCACAGCAGAAGCCUAGAAAGAUGCUUAUUAGAGUCAACACUUUCCACAUUCUCACUGCCUCAGCAUUUGUCCUGUUCUUCAUAUUCUCAUCAUGGAGAAGACAUGAGCGGCACCAGGGAGCCUGUGCUUCCAACAAGACCCAUGUGCUGAUUCUCUCUACCUGGCGUUCUGGAUCCACUUUGGCAGGCCAGCUGUUCAGCCAGAACUCAGAGGUCUUCUACUUGAUGGAACCAGCAAAGCACGUGUGGAACCGCAUGCCGUGGGGCAGCCCAGAGCUCCUCCAGGGGCCUUUGAGGGAUUUGCUGCGCUCCAUAUUUCUCUGUGACAUGACAGCCCUGUGCUCUUAUAUAGAACAGCCAAGCAAGGUUUACCAUCUCUUCAUGUGGUCCAUGAGCCGGGCCUUGUGUUCUCCUCCCGCCUGUGAAGCCUUCAGUCGCUCCGACAUCAUAGAUACAGUAAACUGUAAUGCCCGUUGUGGUCACUCAGCUAUAGAGAAAAUUUCAGAGGCCUGCACCACUUAUAGCCAUGUUGUGGUUAAGACUGUACGCUUUUUCCAACUGGAAGCACUUUAUCCACUCCUGACGGAUCCUUCUCUCAAUGUCCAUGUUAUACACUUGGUCAGGGACCCCCGUGCUGUAUAUGCUUCCCGUCAGACUAUCUCCCUUUUCCCUGAUGAUCUCCUCAUCAGCAAUGCCAUAAAUGUAACCCCCAGCACCCAGGUUGUCAUGCGCAAAGUCUGCCAUAGCCAGGUUGGGAUGUAUCUCACAGCCAUGAACCAAAUGCCUCCAGCUCUGAGGAAGCGGUAUCUCCUAACAAGAUAUGAAGAUCUAGUGAGGGACCCCAUCAGGAAGUUGGCAGAGUGGUACAAAUUCACUGGCUUGACUUCCUCCCGUAAACUUGAGGCUUGGAUUUACAACAUAACUCACUGGCCCGCCAGCAACACUGAUAAAUCCGAUGUGGAUCCCGUUGGAAUACAGAAAAAUGCCAAUAUGGUAUCCCAGGCUUGGAGGAAGCACCUUCACUUCCAAGAUGUGAAAGAAGUACAGAACAUCUGCCAACUGGCUAUGAAAGUAUUUGGUUAUAGACAGGUGGGGUCAGAGCUGGAGCAGAGAGAUUUGAUGUUGGAUCUUGUCCUUCCCCAAAAGAAGACUUAAAUCCCAGGCAAGAGAACUGUAGCCAUCUCGUGAGGGAGAGUGGAGAGGGCGAACGAGCCUUGUCCACCCACCAUAUUCCUUACAGAGGUGGUGUGCUGUACAAAAAGGUGGAUGUGGGAUGUCAAGUUUUUUUCCAGACAGUCUCCAGAAGACCAACUUCAUUAUGUCCCUUUCCUUAUUUUCAAAAUAAAGACAUGUCCUCACAUUUCUAAGGAUUAUAUUUGUCUGUGUGCACUUUUUGCGCUAUCUUCAGGAUCAGUCCACAAAUAUGUUUGACUAACAACAAUUCCUGCGGGAGACUUUCAAGGCAAGAGAAAGACAAAAGUGGUUGGUUAAUGCUUUCCUCUGUAGAGACUUCCUUAGUGAUCUCCUUCCAACUACAGACCUUGCUUAACUUCCAAGAUCUGACAAGAUCAGGCAACAUUCUGCCACUUCCCUA